AUGCUGACGCCACGGUUCGCUCCCCAGUGGACAACGCGCGACACUGCUGCACGUCUUGCUGUGCGUCGCCACCUGCCUACCUCUGAGCGUGCGCACUUUAGUAAGGGUGUUCUCCCUCCCCCCUCUUGCCCUCUGUUGCUUCUGCUGCUGCGGCCGACCUCGUUGGUUUUGAGUCGGUCGGUGCUGCGUCUGCCCCUUCGGGGUAAGCGCCGCACAGGCAAGGGCAAGGGGGGCAAGGGAGCUGGAGGAGCUGGUGGGGGCGGUGGAGGCGGCAGUGGAGGCGGCGGAGGCGGCGGAGGUGGCGGUGGAGCUGGUCGCGGGUCUACGCAAAGGAGUGGCUCUGGUGGUGGUCCGCGCCAGCAGCAGCAGCGUGGUCGUGAGACCCUGUCCCCUCAGCAGCUCCCGCUGCUUUUGGCCGCCUGA